UCGACGCCACCGCCAUCGACCCCACCGCCAUCGACCUCACGCCGCUGGUCAACGCCUUGAUACAUUCCAGCCAGUCCGGCUCCCGGCAGCUCUUCUCUCUGCUCAGCGUCUCGUCCUUCAGCCCUCUGGACCUGCAUAAACUCACCCUGCUGGUUUACAACAUUUCCAGUGUAAAGAGUUUAGACAGCGGUUUGUUCAGGAGGCGGUUCUGCUACUGCGUCACCAACGACACAAACGACCUGAGCGAUUUCACCGCCAUCCUUCUGGACGUGAUGGGAAACUCAACCAGUUACCUCCAGGAGCUGUUUAGGUCUUCCUCCAUCCUGUCAGUCAGCCAGAGGAACGACUCCGACUGCAUCUACAUCUGUGUGAUGGCGGGGAAGACGGGCAGAGAGGUGAGCGGGUUCUGGGACGACGGCUCCGUCACGCCGCUGUUCAACCAGACGAUUGUUGAAGGACCGAACAGAGUGGCUAACAUCUCCUCCAUUCGGCUUCCUGUUGCUUCGCCACAUCUGAGCAGAACAUCGUCAACAACGUUAAAGGUCACGACCUCCGUGGCGGUCACACCGAUGCCCUCCAGGCCUCCAGGCUUCAUUACAGGACGUCCGUCAAAUGAGACGCCAAACAUCCGGACGAGCCAAAGCAUUUCAACUCCACGGAUCAGGACAUCAGCUGGAACCGUGAGACGACCAACCAGCGCCGCUGCUCCAGCUCCGUCUGCGGUCACAGCCCGACCUCCUGCAGCCCCAGGCGCAGUCACAGCUCCGCCUGCGGUCACACCCCGACCUCCUGCAGCCGCAGGAGCAGCCACAGCUCCAGCUCCAGCUCCGUCUGUGGUCACACCCCUACCUCCUGCAGACGCAGCCGCAGGCGCAGCCACAGCUCCGUCUGCGGUCACAGCCCGACCUCCUGCAGCCACAGCUCCAGCUCUGUCUGCGGUCACAGCCCGACCUCCUGCAGACGCAGACGCAGGCGCAGCCACAGCUCCGUCUGCGGUCACAGCCCGACCUCCUGCAGCCACAGCUCCAGCUCCGUCUGCGGUCACAGCCCGACCUCCAACAGCCGCAGACGCAGCCACAGCUCCAGCUCCGUCUGCGGUCACAGCCCGACCUCCUGCAGACGCAGGAGCAGGCGCAGCCACAGCUCCUGCAGAUGCAGUCACAGCUCCGUCUGCGGUCACACCCCGACCUCCUGCAGCCGCAGACGCAGCCACAGCUCCAGCUCCGUCUGCAGUCACAGCCCGACCUCCUGCAGCCGUAGCCACAGCUCCAGCUCCAGCUCUGUCUGUGGUCACACCCCGACCUCCUGCAGACGCAGCCGCAGGCGCAUCCACAGCUCCGUCUGCGGUCACAGCCCGACCUCCUGCAGCCCCAGGCGCAGCCACAGCUCCUGCAGACGCAGCCACAGCUCCAGCUCCGUCUGCGGUCACAGCCCGACCUCCUGCAGACACAACCUUCCUGAAAUCACCUGACAGUCUGAUGGAAACAAACAUUUCUCCAACAUCUCUACAAACGACCUUCAUUAGACCUUCAACCCUCCGACCAACAGGACGACCUGCAGAGACGACGCCGAGCAGCAAAGAUGCAACACCUGACCGGCCCAGAGAAACGGAGAGACCAGGCUGUCCCUGGAGGAGGCCGGAGCCCGGCGGCGAGGCGGAGACGCUCGGCGAACUCAAGCUGCAGCCCUGCGUCCUGCAGCUCUGCCGGUUCUUCUCCCAGUGCCUCUGCAGGCCGCUGAGCCGGACGACGCGCACCAAAAGAUACUGUGACGGCAGCUUCCUGUGGUAUGAAGAGCAGACGUUCGAGGUGUGUCGAAGAGUCAAGAGAUUUUCCUUCUCCAGAAAUCUGAAACAGAGAUGCUUGUCUAAGAUGUGCAACAAACUGUGACCCGACAGGAAGCGGCGGAAACAAAGAGCCGUUCAUCUUCCCAACAACAGCUGGAAGCUGCUGGUGAUUCACAAAACAUGUUCAGUUUUCACCUUUUAUCUGGAUAUUAAUCACUAAUCUGCUAUUCAUUAUAUAUAUAAAAACUUUAUUUAAAGAGAAGAAGCUAGUUUUAAAACAUUAGUCUUUAAAGUUGCUCUGUUUACAGUUUGUUUUAAUCCGACUUGCAGAAAAAAACCCAACUGGUUGAUGAAUGUAAACUUUAAUCCACUUCUAAACGUUUGUAUUCUUCAUGUUUAAAAAGUAAACGGCUGUUUUGAUAUCAUGAAUAAGAAAAAUGAGGCCAUGAGGAAUAAUCUCAGUUUUUUACUCUUAAUGUGACAAGCAGCUGGAAAACAAACAAAUUUCAGAAGAAAAUAAACGUUUUAGAAGAAAAUUAGGUUUUUGUUAAGAAUUUGGAGUCACAUCUAUUUAUUACUCUACAUGCUGCAGGUUCAUCAGCUCCAAUGUUUUCAUAGGGUUAGGGUUAGGGUUAGGGUUCAUCACGGAGGGUUUUCCUGUUUUAACGUCUUUGCAGGAUUUUACCCAGAAGAGACAGAAACUUUUAUCUGUAGAAAACAAGCAGAGAAAUUGUUUGUAGCAGCAGGUAGCUGCAGGUUUCACCGGAGAGAAAAUCUCUGCCAGGAAACUGUAGAAGAUCUCAGCACUUUAAACAAACCACAAACCUUCAGAUCCAUAAACUCUGAACUAGUUUUAAUUCCUCCUGAGUUUCAGGAAGUCGCUGUGUUUUUGUCGUAGUGAGUUUUCAUUUGCAUGUCAAUAAUCUGGUUUUUAAUUCAUGAAAGAUGCUUGUUUAGUAACAUUUCUACAGUCUUAUUAAAGUAUUGGAAAAUUCUGAAA